AUGUGCCCUCGAAGUCAAUUUCAACAAAGACUCUACAAUUCUCGUUAUUCCAUUUACUCGUUGUUCAUUAAUCCUUCUAAAUUCAUCUUUAGUAACUGCGCAAUUAUCUACAAUCUGCAUUAUCAAAAGUCUAAUAAUGCACUUUGCCAAUUUUUCAAUAAAAAUCACCACAUAGCAACAAUUGGCUCGAGAAGUCAAAUUCUACAACAGGAACCUUUUAAUUUAUUUUCCGAUUUGCAUGACAUAGCACCCGUAUUUUACUUGAAGGGAGAGCAAAUUAAAAUAUUGAAUAAUCCUAAGGAAUUUCAUGAGGAGUUAAAGAGUCGAAUAUUAUCUGCCAAAAAACGCAUAUUCCUGGCGGCUCUUUACAUUGGGCACACCGAGAAAGAAUUGGUCAACACAAUCAGAGAAGCUCUUAAGAAAACGCCUCAGUUAAAUGUUCAUAUUCUAGUCGACUACUUACGUUCGACGCGUGUUGGAUCGCGGAUUAACGGUGAAUCUUCAGUGACACUUUUAUCACUAUUAGUUGAAGAAUUUCCUGAUCAAGUGACCGUGUCACUGUAUCAUACGCCUGAUCUCACCGGAAUUUUAAAAAAAGUCGCGCCGCCACGAAUCAACGAAGGAAUCGGUUUGAUGCAUAUCAAAGCAUUUGGUUUUGAUGAUGAUCUCAUAUUGAGUGGAAAACAUCAUCAAAGUGAAAUUAACGCGGAAUUCGACACGAUUAUCUUUCCUGUAACACAAAUGGCUCCAUUGAACAUCCGACAAGAUGAACGGGCGACUCUCUGCGUGUUAGACUCGAUCGAGAAAAAUGGACGGCAAAAAGUGAAUGAAAAUGAGUUAUGGACCGUGAUUUUUUCUUCGGGGUAUUUUAACUUUAGUAAAAGAUAUAAAGAAAAGAUCUUGGGUACUAAUGCGAAAUUUCGGUUGUUGGCUGCAGCACCGGAGGCCAAUGGAUUUUUCCGCUCAAAGGGAAUUUCAAAAUACAUCCCGCCCGCGUAUACUUGGAUUGAAAAACAAUUCUAUAAUGAAGUUUGUCGACGUGGCAAAGAGCAUAUAAUAAAGAUAAUCGAGUAUAAUCGUUCAGGGUGGACAUUCCACGCUAAAGGCCUAUGGUGUUAUAAUAAUGGAGAAACGCGUCCAAGUCUCACAAUGAUUGGAUCACCAAAUUAUGGAUAUAGAUCCACUGAACGAGAUCUUGAAGCGGAAAUUAUUAUUAUAACUAAAAAUACCUCAUUAAGAGAAGCUUUGCAUCUGGAAUCUUCCCGACUUUCCGAGUAUACAGAAGUAGUUAAUGCAGAAACUUUCCAAAGGCCUGAAAGAAAAGUUCCAUAUCUCGUUAGAGUUGCCACUUCUAUGAUUAAGACUAUGUUCUCUUUCAAGCAGAUUAGUGAUGAAGAGCCAAAUGCUCAAGAUUACAGGAUACAAGCAAAUGAAAUCUUGACCGAUGCAGUAAGAGGGCAGGAUGAAAAAGAUGAGAAAGUUGAGGAAGACAAAUCAAAUGUACAAAUUUCAGGAUGUAAACAUAGUGUGCCGAAGCUUAAUUCACUGGUUCAGGAUUAUUUUGACAGUAAUUGCAAAAAACUUGACAAUAGUGACAUCUAA